AUGAUUCAAACCUUGGAAGAUAUGUUAGGAGCUUGUGCGCUACAGUUUCAGGGAGAUUGGGAUGAUAAACUACCUCUCAUGGAGUUUGCAUAUAAUAAUAGUUAUCAAUCAAGUAUCGGGAUGUCACCCUAUGAUGCCUUGUAUGGAAGGCAGUGUAGAACUCCAAUUUAUUGGGAUGAAGUGGGUGAGCAAAGUUUGGAAGUAUCUAAAGACGUUGAAGCAACAAAGGAGAAAGUUACACUGAUCAGAGAAAGCUCAAGGCAGCCUAGGAUCGACAAAAGAGCUAUGUAG